UCCUUUUCUUUAAUCUAUUUUAGCAGUAAAAUGUUUGUAACAUGGUGCGAGACCUCUUAUCCAACUUGACUGGUGUCUCUAUCAAUAAGUAAGCGACUGUACAUUAUAACACAGAUGCCAGUUGCAAGCUACGAGAACCAGUCGAUAUUGAUGGGUUAUUGAAACGUGUAAAUUUGUUGUCAAACAGUUUUAAAAGUGUUUGUUUUUCUGUCAUAAUCUUAAAAAUACUGCAACAAUGACAGGCAGAGGAGGCCCUCCAAUCAAACUAAUUAUUUAUGCAUUAUUUAUUAUUGGUCUAGUUUAUUUAAUCUAUUUAUACAACACGACGACGACCCGAUUGAGAGAAGCGGAAAGGACUGCAGAACGCUACAGACGCGGCGAAGAAUCCAAAGUCGCUCAGUUACAAGUUACCCUUGAACAGAAAGGUCGAUUAGAAAAAAAUUUGCAAGAAGAAAAAAAUAUGCACAUAAAGACAAAGAGUGACCUUAUCAAGUCGAAGGAGACGCUUCAAGAAAAAUGUGAGACCAACAAACAAGACUUUGCUAUGAGAAUGAAUGCUCUGUCGCAACAACACAAAAUGUUAAAGAGUCAGAGAGAUGAGUUAGAAGCUGACUAUGGACGACUACAACAAGACAAUCAGAAGAUGAAAGAGGACCACUCGAAUCUGGACCGCCAGCGAUCGGAGGAAUUCCAACAGAUGAAACAACAGAACGAGCUCGAAAUAGCCACGUUAAAAGACCAAGUCGCGAACUACGUGAGGCAGAAUGAAAAGCUACAGAACGACAUUAACACUCUGCGGUCACAAUUACAGAACGGGCAGAAUCAACUGCAGCAGGACCAGAGUGUCAUUCACCAGUUGGAGAUUCAGCUUGGACAAGCCAAGAAUGCAGCAAAUGUUAACGCCCAGAAUCAACAAAAUCUACAGAAUGCACAGCAGGUAAAUCAGAACUUACAAGGCAUCCAGCAACAGCAGCAACAACAGCAGCAGCAACAGCAGCAGGUUGGUGGCCUACCACAAGGUCAAGGUCAAGGUCAAGAUUUGGGUCUGCAGAAUCAGAAUGUUGUCAACAUGGCCCAAGGUCACGGUCAGAUUCCGGAUCUGCAAAACCAGAAUGCCAACAAUAUGAACGUCGCUAACCAGCCCGUGCAGAAUGUGAACAAUUUGGAGCUUGGAGGAGCUGUACAGCAAGGCGUUAACCAAGGUGUUAUUGAAAAUGCUCACGGUCAAGGUCAACAGGCGCAGGUCCAGCCUCCGAACAUGGCGGGGAUCCAGCCGGACGGAGCGGUGAACCCCGCGGGUCAGAAAGUCAAAGAUAUUUCUGGAGUGCACAGCAAUAUUCAAGUGGAGAGAGAUGUUGAGACUGAGGCAGGUUUAAAGGAGCAGAAGAGAGCGACCGGGAAACCUGAACACCUAGUGCCACCGGUUCACUUUGAGGGCCAGGAGCAUGUGAAUCCACCAAAGGAUGACGAUAAGCAGCCUCACAGAGAUGGUCCUGGACAACAGAAUGAGGCAGGGAAGGAGGAAAAUAAGGCACAGAUAAAGCCUCCUGAAGUGCAUGAAGAAGAUAAGGCACAGAUAAAGCCUCCUGAAGUACAUGAAGAAGAUAAGGCACAGAUAAAGCCUCCUGAAGUACAUGAAGAAGAUAAGGCACAGAUAAAGCCUCCUGAAGUACAUGAAGAAGAUAAGGCACAGAUAAAGCCUCCUGAAGUACAUGAAGAAGAUAAGGCACAGAUAAAGCCUCCUGAAGUACAUGAAGAAGAUAUGGCACAGAUAAAGCCUCCUGAAGUACAUGAAGAAGAUAAGGCACAGAUAAAGCCUCCUGAAGUACAUGAAGAAGAUAAGGCACAGAUAAAGCCUCCUGAAGUACAUGAUGAUAAAGGUCAAAAUAAGGCACAGAUAAAUCCUCCAGAAAUACAUGAUGAUAAAGGUCAGAAUAAGGCACAGAUAAAUCCUCCUGAAGUACAAGAUAUAGCGAGGGAUGAUAAAGCACAGAUUAAUCCACCUGAAGUACAUGAUGAUAAAGUGAUGGAUGAUAAGGCACAGAUUAAUCCUCCUGAUUUACACAAUGAUAAAGGGAAGGACGAUAAAGCACAGAUACAUCUAUCUGAGGAACAUGAUACGGAAAAGUCUGGAAAUAAGGCACAAGAUAAAGGGAAGGAUGAGAAACAGCAAGAUCAGGCUGCAUGAUGUCGCACUCUGUCUCUAGUGUUGUCACUGUGUGUGUGUGGCUGUCCUCAUGUGUUACAUAGACACGCAGCAAGAACUCUCACUCUGUCUCUGUAGUGUUGUCGCUCACUGUGUGCACGGCUGUCCUCAUAUUACACGUACACACGCAGCAAGAACUCUUUUACUCGUAACCCGUAGCUUGUGUCUUGUGUUGUGUACAUGUUAACACAAAUUCUGUGGUGUUCUUUCUUUAUUUGGAGAUUUUUUCAAUUUAAAAAAAAAAAUUCACAAUGUGUCUUGUCUUGUACAUUGUAAAUGUAGACAUGUUAACAGAACUACUGUUGGUGGAAGCAGGGUUUCUCCCACAGGGUACGAAGGGUAAAAUUACCUACCCUGAAAUCUUCAAAAGAUUAUAGUACGAGAACUGCUGUUUACAAUAUGUUAAUUAAAAGUAUAUGUACAUAAAAUGUGGUGUCCAAUUUCAAAAGAUUUCAAUCCAUUAGGGUCAGUUAUGAUCUGUUUUGUUCUUAUUAUGUCCUUCAAUAUUUUAUUUUUGGGGGGCACAAAGCCUGUGGAGGUGUUUUUGUCACUUUUUUUGUGGUGGGGGGGGGGGGGGAUAUUUUUCAAAUUGUGUUUACUCCACGGAUGUAUUCAUAAUGUUAACAGGAACUUUUUAACAUAUAUAUGUGUGUAUAUAUUUAUAUUAGAAUAUGAGGAAUAUAAUUUUUCAGAUUUUUAUGUUAUUUUACUAGUUCCUUGCCAUGCAGGCGAACCGGAAGGGACUGUAAGUUUUGUCUCAGCCAGUCUGUUAAUCCAUUUGUCUCAUAUACAUGUAUAAAAUUUCACUCCUCACUGGCAUUUUCAAUUUGAUUUGGAUGAAACCUAGCAUUUAUUUUAUUAUAACCUUUACACUAUCAAAUUUUAUCUUGGCAGCCUUCAAACAACUUACCAUUGAUAAUUGUUUUCUUUUUCUAAAUAAUACUUUGUAGUACAAACUAAUGGCAUACAUGUAGCUCCUUGCUUGUCAAUGAUAACAUGGGCAUUUAUUUGUGUGUAUGUGCAAUAUGGAUUUGUGGUUGUGAAAAUAGAUAAAUUACCAAUGCAGCAGUAAAUUGUGUUUACUGGCCACUAAGAGGAACAUGACUUUAAGCUGUAAUAUUGACAUUCAGGAGAAUUUCAUGUUGAUAUUCAAUGUAAAUAGUACAUUGUACCUGCCUGGUCUCAAAUGUUGAAUAAAAACCAGCUGAGCUAGUGUCAUUA